CGCAUGGUCAUGUUCCGCGAUCUUCAUUGGAUGUGGUUAAACAAUGGAAAGUCUUUACAUACAAUUUCCUGCCUCAUGCACCGGUACAAGAUGUGAACUUCUACAAUCCGACGAAUAUUUUAUCAACUGGUUUGGCGGUUAUGAAUGAUCGUAUUUUCGUGGCCACACCGAAACUAUUCUCUGGUGUGCCAUCGACACUAAGUUGGAUUUCCCGAGGAGAGUACGAUGAAUCACCAGUGUUGAAUGCAUACCCGGAUUGGUCAUAUUCCACUACUGGACGCACAGAUUUCAAUUGCAGUGAUUUGGUUCUGGUUUCUGUUUAUCGCAUGCGUGUAGAUUCCUGUGGACGCUUAUGGGUAUUGGAUGCCGGCAUUUCACGUUCUCUGGAGGAUUAUGAAAAAACCUGUCCGCCCAAAAUAUUGGUGUUUGACGUUAAAACAAAUCAAGUAGUGCGUCGUAUAGAUUUUCCAGCUGGUGUGUUGAGGGGCGAGUCGUUGUUCACAAAUUUGGUAAUUGAUGAAACAACUGCGAAGGCUGGUACUUGUGAUGAUGUUUUUAUCUAUAUAUCGGAUACAGUGGAACCGGCCAUCGUUGUAUAUGACAGUGUUCGCGACACCACCUGGCGAGUAACACAUCCAGCCAUGUAUCCAGAUCCAGAUUUUGCUGAAGCUACUAUUUUAAAUGAUCGCUUUGUGCUUAUGGAUGGUAUUGUGGGCUUCACAUUUGAUCCGCAGAGGGCAGUUGUUUAUUUCCAGCCAUUUGCCACUGAUAGAAUAUUUUCAGUUACCCGAGAAGUGCUACGAGCCGGACCCAUUGCCAUUAAUCAAGUGCUACCCGUUAAGUUGGUGGGCAAAAAAUCCUCACAAGGUAUUAGUUUGACAGUUUCACCCAUAGAUGGUAGCAUUGUUUUUAGCCCCGUUACCGAAACUGCAGUCGCAACCUGGAAUCCCUUAACAAAUGAACAACAAAUUCUCGCCCAGGAUCAAAUCAAUUUACAAUUUGUAUCUGAUAUGACAGUAACUUCGCACGAUAGCGGUUAUGUUUAUGUGGUCUCCUCGAAAUUCCAUAGAUUCUUUUUGAAAAAUCUCGAUAAGGAAGAAUAUAAUAAUCGCAUCAUACGUAUACCACUGCCGGGAGCCAAGACUGCUGUAGCUGCAUAUCCACAAAGUUAUCAGACAAGUUCAUUCCCUGGUCUGCCAAUACCACUGCCAUUGAAUAAUUAUUAUCAACUUACAAAUUCGCUACAACCCAAGGCGAUUAGUCAUCAUGGUCUGGAUAAUGGUUACUUUUCGCGUCCCACAGCCACAAGUCAUCCAUAUGAAUUUGAAAAUACCGGAAUCAUUAAUUAUUCGGUAAAGAAUCCUUUUAGCAGUUUGAAUCAAGGUGAAUCAUUCCCGCCACCCAAGGAGUCGAGAAAUCAAGAUCAAUAUUCCUUUUUGGAAAGUCUUGCCGAAUCGCCUACACAUCCCACAUCAAUUCCACCGAUUUUCUAUCAACGACAUAUUACGAUGACGAUAUUUGCGUCAUUAAUAUUUGCAAUACUGUUGAUCAAUAACAGUUGUUGUAAUGGCUACAGCAAUAAGCCCAUUAUGGAUAAAAAUCUACAGGUACCCUAUGCAUGGAAUAUCUUAGAAUAUAGUUUCCCCACUGAUGCUGAUCGCAGAGCUGCGAUUGCAAAUGAUAACUAUGUACAGAGUAAUGGACUACCCAUCGAUGUACAGCCGCAUUAUUCAAAAAAUAAACCUGUGAGAACAUUUGUGACAAUACCCAGAUUCCAAACUGGCAUUCCGUAUACCUUGGCCAUCAUAUCAAAUAAAAUGGGUCCUAAUGGACCCAUACUAGAACCAUAUCCCUCCUAUCGGUCCCACAAUGUUAAUGGUGAUGAUUGUGAUCAAAUAACAUCGGCAUUCAGAGUUGCGAUAACCGAAUGUAAUCAAAUGUGGAUCAUGGAUUCCGGAUCUGUGGGUUUGGAGACACGUUGCGCCCCACAACUGCUACUCAUCGAUUUGAAUACCGAUCAACUGAUACAUCGUUACAGAUUCAAUACCACCGUUUAUACACCAUCCGCCUCAUUGCUAGUCACUCCCAUUGUUGUUGUCAAAGAUCCGCCACCAAAGGGUCGCUGCCGAAAUGCCAUGGUCUAUGUGGCCGAUGUCAAUUAUCAUGGCCUAAUUGUUUACGAUUACAAUGCCAAUAGUUCAUGGCGUUCGGAACACAAAUAUAUGUAUCCUGAUCCAGAUUAUGGUACCCAUACUGUGGCUGAAGAUUCCUUCACUCUCAUGGAUGGUAUUAUUGGUAUGACUACAGACAAAAGACAUCUGUUCUUCCAUCCCAUGGCCAGUAUCACCGAAUAUACAGUUCCUUUGCAUGUUCUCGAUAAUUCAUCGCAUUUUACACAAGGUGAUGGUGCUUUAGAAGCCUUCAUGCCAUUGGGUAAACGCAGCAGUGAAUGUGUAGCCACGGCCACCGACAGUUGGGAUAAUGUAUAUUGUGUAACCUUUAAUCCCAUUGAAUUGAUAUCCUGGAAUGUUAGUACACGUUACCAUAACAGAAACUUUAAAAAGAUACCCAUUUCUAAGGAUAUUUUGGAAUUUGUUAGUGGCAUGAAGGUGGUGAUCAAUAAUGAGGAUAAAGAAGAACUGUGGAUGAUUUCAAAUCGAUUCCAGAAAGUAGCUGCUGAAACCCAAAAAACCAAUGAACUGAAUUUUAGAAUAUUAAUUUAUACCUUAGGUGCUCCACGUGUACCUUCUAGUUCAAAUGUAAAUGAUUUACACACUAGAUUAGUUUUUAGCAGUUAA